UUGCUUCUCUUCCCAUGAUCAUGCCCUCAGUGAUGGAGCGCUCGGGGGCCGGGGUCCUGUCCCGGAGCCGAGCCAAAACCGUCACCAACGGCAGCAGCCAACCACACUCCGAGGAGGAGAGCAGCGACGAGGAGCACGCUCACGACAGCAUGAUCAGAGUCGGAGGAGACUACCAGGCCCAGAUCCCGGAGUUCAAACCAGACAGUGCAGCUCGCCACAAUGAGAAAGACCAGAGGAGCAUGUUGGUCUGGUGUCCCAACACUCAGCUCUCUGAUGCAAUGUUGGAUGAAUACAUCCUGAUGGCUAAAGAGAAACAUGGAUACAACAUGGAGCAGGCUCUGGGCAUGUUGCUGUGGCACAAACACGACGUGGAGCGCUCGCUGGCCGACCUGGCCAACUUCACGCCCUUCCCAGACGAGUGGACGGUCGAGGACAAAGUUCUGUUCGAGCAGGCCUUCAGCUUCCACGGGAAGAGCUUCCACCGCAUCCAGCAGAUGCUUCCAGACAAACUGAUCUCCAGCCUGGUGAAGUACUACUACAGCUGGAAGAAGACCAGGACCAGGACCUCCGUCAUGGACCGACAGGCCCGGAGGCUCAUCAACAAGAGAGAAAAAGACGACAGUAAUGAUGACGUUGAGGAAGGAGAGCCGGGCAGCGACAGCGACUUUGAAAUGGAUGCCAAGAAAGAGGUUCAGUCUGUUAAACAGACCAACAGCAGUUUGAAGCAGAGCCUGACUGAAGGUGUCGACGCCUUCAAACCCUCUGAGCCCGCUCCGAAGAUGAACUCGCGUUGGACCACUGAGGAGCAGCUCCUGGCUGUGCAGGCCAUCCGUCGCUACGGUAAAGACUUCACAGCCAUCGCUGAGGUGAUCGGCACGAAAACUGCAGCUCAGGUCAGCUCGUUCUUCGUGAGCUACCGGCGGCGCUUCAACCUGGACGAGGUACUGAGGGAGUGGGCGGCCGAGCAGGUGGCCACCAACCGGGACCAGAGAGACCUAAGGAGGAGCAGCGAGGAGGUGGGGGCUGCUGCAGAUGGAGGAGCUGAGGAGGAGGAGGUUAAGAUGGAGGACUCUCCUCCCGACACGGCCAGCAGCAGCUCCUCUCCUCCCUCCUCUCUCCACACCUCCUCCUCCUCCCUCUCUCAGCCUCCUCCUCUGCUGCGCCCGGCUCCGCCCUCUGCGCCUCCCAGCCUCCUCCGGCAGCCGCCUCCUCUUCAGACACGACCGCUCCAGAACCGAGCUCCACACAACCACCCUCCCCCUCCGCUCAUCAGGCCCGCAGUGACCUCCUCCUCCUCCUCCAGUCUCAGGGGUUCUCCUCCCUCCUCCUCCUCUGCAGGUCAGCUGCCUCCAUCGCUGGUGGGGAUCAAAGUGGAGCAGCCCAGCUCUCACUGAUCAACGCAGCAUCGACGUCACUUUUACCUGGAGUUACUGGGUCACAUGAUCGCUCAGGUCCUGAAGGUGACGUUGGUCAUUUCAGAUCACCCCGUUACUGUAACACACACUACCUCCAACACACACACACACACACACACACACACACACACACACACACACACACACACACACACACACACACACACCUGGAUCGAGGCGGAGGAUCAAAGGAGAGAAAAUGUAAUGAAGCUGCUCGUGUCUGAGCCCAGCCUGCUUCCUGCAGGUUCACCUGAAGAACCGGCUUUUCUUCUGAGCUUCAGAUCCUCAAAGAUCUGCGAAUAAUUAAUGAAUAAACGAAAACAAAAGGAAGAGGCAGAGAACUCCUCUUCCUCUCGGGUCAUAGCCAUGUGUUCCUAGUCUUACCUGGAGUAACGUUUUAUUGACUGUUAGUUUCUGUACGUAGUUUAGAUCGUGCUUCGUUAUUUAGAAUCAUUGAUCGAGCACUAAAAGAGCCAAAAUAAAACCUGUGACUGGACUUGAGUUUAUUUUAUUUUCAGGUAUUUUCAGUGAUGAAACACUGGCUGCUCCUGUCUUGAACUGAACCCUCACAUGUGGAGGAUUUAAGGUUGACCUUUGACCUCUUACACCUCGUACAGGACUCAACAAGUCCGUUUUCUACAAAGACCGUCUGGACCAGCUUUCCUUUCAAAAAAAUUUUUUUUCUGCAAAAAUGCAGUGGAUGCUAAAAAUGUUUUGCAGACAAAAAAGAAAAAGAUGUGCAAAAACUUAGCAAUGUGCUGUAAAAUGGAGGAAAAGUAGCAGAAAAAGCUAAAACUAGCACAAAGAUGCAGAAAAAGCAUACAUUUGCUGAAUUAAGCAACUGAAAAAGUAGCUAAAAUUAUCACAAAAAUGCGAUUUUAGCUGAAAAUGCUGACAUUAGCUUAAAUUGCAGAAAACAGCUGAAAAUCAAAAAUAAUUAGCAUAAAGGGAAAAAACUUAGAAUUGCUGGAAAGAACAGAAAGACAGCUGAAACAGCAGAAAAACUCUUAUUUGCAAAAAAAGGGCUGAAAUAAGAACAAAGUAAAAAGAAAGAAUAAAAGGUUUAAAGUGCAGGAGAGGUUUAACUAUUUUAAACAUUAAAUAAAACUACAUUACUUCUCAAUUAGAACAAAAAAUAUAUCAAAGUCUAAACUGAUAAAAUAACUCAGAAAUAUCCUGAAGGAGCUGAACGUUUAUAUAUGAAUGGUUGGAAUGGCACAAAAACUGUGGAACGAGAAAAAUGUACAUUAGAAAACAAAUGAUCCAAGUUUUUUUUUUUUUACUUUCAACUCUCUUAGAUACAAAUUAAACAUGAAAACACAGAUGUGUGUGUCUCUGUAAGGGAGGACUUUAGAAUCCACCCCAGAACGCAGAGCCAGCCUUGGGUCUGAUUGUUUCACAGUGAAUAAAUUUAAACUUUAAGAAACAUCUUGUUUUAGCUUCAUCAGUUCGGCCUUCAUCCCAAAGCCAGGAGGUGUGAGAGGUCAAAGGUCACCUGAAUUAACUUUCUGCUGUAACCACGUGAUAAAUCAGCCAGUAAACCAGUAGGAAACGCAGCGUCUCGUCUUCUUUUAUUUAAGUCUUCUCGAGGUCGUGACGUUAAACUUGUUUAUAAGGCAGUUAGUGUCUCAUCUUUAUCCAGUUGUUUCACCAAUUUCUUUUUCUGAGCAGAUGUUUGUUUUUUAUAUAAACUGUUCAGUUUGAAGCAGCUUUGAGUAAAAAAAAGAAAAAAAAUAAUUAUUUUGUGCAUCCUUUAUGUUUUUGAGAAGUUGUUCACACUGUGGUGACAGAACCAAUUCUGUUAAAAAUAAUACAUUUUAGAAUAAAAAAAAAAGAUCCAAAUGUUUGGUUGCUUUCUGUUUUCUAAAAGGUUUGUAUUUCAGGUGAAGUAAACAAACUUGACUUUGUUUACCUGUGAGCUAAAGGGGGACCUGGUCAAUACUCUGAUACUACCACACCUAGUUUUAUAUGGGGUAAGAUAACUGUCAUAAAGAAUUGUAUGUGUAGUGUCUAAAUUUGUACGUUUAAGUCAAUAAACUUGCAUAAAUUUUA